AUGAUACGAAGACUUUCAAGAACAUUUUCCACCACAGGAAUUUAUUAUAUUCAAGGAAAUAGUCUUGAUGAAAUAUAUUAUAAAGCAAUAAAAAUGAAUGAUAAUACAAAUAGUUCUGAAAUUAAUAUAUAUACAUUCACUGAACAAAUGAAAAAUAAAAAUAUUGUUAUAUUUGAUAAAAUGCCAUUAAUACGAUACAACAAAAUUGAACAGGUAAAAUGGGCUGUACAUAAAUUAGAUAUAAAAAAAAGAACAAUUUUUAAAGAAUUAGUGAGGUAUAUCAAUAACUUUAAAUUACCAGAAUCUAUAUUUGAUGAUAUUUUAGUCUCUAAACCUGAUAGUAACAGUAGAGGGUUAUUAAGGUGUGUAUUAAAAAAUUUUGAAUUAUUUGAAAAUGAAGGAAAGUUUUAUCCUCACUUUAAUGAUUCAGGAAUGAUUAUUGCUAUUCCUCCUUUAAUUGCUUUUCAAUGUUUAUUUAGUAAAUCAUUAGUUAGUCAUGAACUUACUCUAUCAAUCUUAUUUACUAUCAGAGAAGUUAUUUCUGAUAAAGAUUUAAUAACAAUAUUAAAUAGUGAAUUAGAAAAUAAUGUCAAUGAAAAUAUCCCUUUUAUCAAAGACAGUAUAUAUCAAAUUGCUAAUUAUUGGCUUGAAAUAUAUUCAAAAGUAAUGGAAAGUGAUGACCUUCAAAAUCUUAGGAACUUCUGUAAGUGUUCUUCUUCUCAUUAUAGUUUAUUUAGCACAGAAUUUAAAAAAAAAAUUGAUAAAGAAAAGGCUCAUGAGUCAUCAACUAAUACCUCAUUAAAAAGUCCUGUAAGACGAUCUAAAACUUCUAAAAAAAAAAUAUCUCGUUCUGAGUCUGUUUCAGAUAUGACAAGUACUAAUGAAUCACAAGUUGAUAUUGACAUAAAAAAAGAUACAAAGACUACUGUUGAUGGUAAACCAAAAUUAACUGAAAGGUUAUCAUUUACUAGUCUUAGUACUGUUGAUCAACAAUCAGAACCAUUCAUUGCAUCAAGUAAAAGUCCAAUACAAUCUCCAAAUCCAGAUUUAGAAUUAAUAGGUACUGAAGUAGGACCAGAUGGCAUAUUUAAGUAUAAUGAAACUGAAACUAAAACUGAUGUAACAACUGAAACAUUUUCUUUAACAGAAAGUCAGAAACAACCGAAGGUAAGAACUGAUUUUUAUAGAUUUAUAGAUAUUAAAACAUCAAAAAUUGCAGAACAAUUUUUUGUUUAUGACUUAAAAUUAAUCAAAGAAUUGACGAUUGGAGAAAUUAUUCUUCAGACAGAAUCAUUUAAAACUUACUUAUCAAGGAUAAGUGCAAUUGAUGCAAUGGUAAAUUCUUUCAUUGAUAAAGAGAAAAGCCCAAGUGUUUUCUCAUAUUUUAUCAGUGUUGCCAAAAGUUGUUUAACAAUUGGUGAAUAUAAUAUUUCUUAUAUUAUUUCGUGCACUUUAAAAAAUAAAAGCACUACUUACAAACAAGCUUUUGAAGCAGUUAAAGGUUCAUAUAUUUCAGACUUUAAAUAUCUUGAAGAAACGUUUCCACUUCUUAAUCUUCUUCAUCUUAUCUUACUAGUUUUGAAAAUGUAA